AUGUGUAUUUUAAUGUGUAGGCUCUCUUGUCCAAUGCCGAUGAAAGUGGAUAAGGCAGUGAAAGAUUCUGGAGACACCGCACGCCUACAUAAGAAGUUUGAAAGAAAACUAAAUGCUCUUGUCAAUGAUGUCACGCCACCACAUUUGGCUGACUGCAUGCAAGACGUCGUCAUUGAGGGUGCUCGAAGGCUGUCUGAAUUCUUUAUCUCGAAGAGUUACAGUGCGCUUGUCAAAGAUGCGCUUAUAUCAGAAAUGCAAAAGCGGGGAAACGAAAUACUUUCAGAAGUGGAUGGCGCUGCGGAAACAUAUUUCUUUGCAGCUCAAAGAUUAAAGAAAGCAGAUUCAUUGGAGGUCCGGGAACCUUGCUACAGGGUCGCUAGUGAUAUCAAUAAGAAGUUGGACGACAUGAUCAAAGUUCGUCCUCUGCCACGGAAACUAAAUUUGAUAAUGAAAGAUCACAUCAAAGACACUUCUAACUUUUUAUCUGCAAUGGUUACGAAGCCCGAUGAUAAAAUCGAGGCAUACGUCGCGUUGUUAGACGAAAUGGAAGCGGAAGGAGAUUUCAAUCUAGUAGAAGGAGAUAUUCCUAAAACAUAUAAAGAGGCUGCUGACUAUCUUCGUCAGCUGACGUCAAAUACAGAUAAGAUUAAUCGUCCCAACUCUUCAAUGCAAGCAGAAAUUCAGUCAGAACUCAAACAAUUGCUGGAUCAUGUUCCACCUAGUGGUUAUAGCCGAUCGGUUAUGAACUCCGUUAUUGGAGAAACAGCAGGCCUUUUGACCUCUUACAUAAUGCUCCAAGGAGCAAAAACAGCAGCAUUAAACGAUCUUGUGCAAGAAAUGACGGAGGCAGGCGAUGGUGCACUGUUGAGACAUGGACCUAUCCGUAAAUCUUUCAAGGAGGGCGCUGAAUUGUUGCGAGGAAAAAAUAUAGAUCAACUCGUCGUGUCUAAUCCUGACCCUGUGGUUGCAAGAAAAAUCCAAAUAAAACUAGGCAAUCUGAUGCAAAUCGAUCCGCCGAUAUGUUGCGGAUGUGUUGAGAGUCUUAUGAAAGAUGUCAUCGAAGACGCAACGAUGUACCUGGCUGUACAUCUUCUUGAACCUCAGGUGAUCCAGGUGUGCAAGUGUUACAAGAACGUGUUUGUGCAGUGCGAGCUGUGGUGUGAAGAGAUACUGCGACGCGUGACGCGGCCAUGCUGCACCUGCUCGCGACACGUGUCGGUGCAGGCCUUGAAAGACCUCGUGCCCGGGGAGAUCCUGAUCGCCGCAUCAGACGGCUCCCGCGUGUUCGCACCUGGCGUGGAUAUAACCAUUAACCCUUGCCCUAGAAUGGCUAAACGCAAACGAGAUGACAGCCCCGCAGUCCCCAGACCAUGUCCAGCUGCUUCUCCUACACCUGGCUGCCAGAGCCGAACUCCAACUACUUCCUACGUCAUGUAUUCGACUUCACACCAACGGUUUGGUUACGAUUCCCUACAAGCAUCAGCGGGCUCGAGUGAUUCACUACCUAUAACACCAAUGUCCUUUAGUCCUUUGCAACGUUCGAGAAGUAGCUCUCCCAUAAAAUCUCUCUUAAAAGAUAUUCACUCUGGAAAUGUUAACUUUUAUCAACAACAACAAGAACAAAUGCAGAUGUACGAAGUUGAAAAUCAGAAGCGACUAUAUAGCGAGCCGUCAGUUUCAUACUUCUCUUCAACUAGUAACUACAAUUUCGGAGACUCACCCAGAUCGGAAUCGCCAGUUACCACCUGUCUCUCUCCGGAGUAUCCUUCCCCGAUGAUUAGUAAUAUUCAUAUAUCCGACACGUCUAAAAUCACUCAAGCUAAGAGUACAUACAGCUCCCGAACUCCAAUCAUAUCGACUGAUCAGAUGGCUGACUGGCACGCCAUGAUGGUCAGUCUGAUGUGGAACAUGCAAGCAUGGCGGGAUUGGAUACAGGAGAUAUUUGAACAUGCCUUAUCUUACCACAAUACUCCAAGCACACGAGAUACAUGGUCAUCAUUUCAAAGAAGGAUCACGACUGAAGCUCUUCAAUGGCGUCAGUACAGUGUGUUCUGUCAUCAACUUACGACGCGUCUUCACAUACGUUACAAGGAUAGAGAAUUCGUGUCUCCGACGCGUCCUACAGCCCAAACUAAAACUUAUAUAGCUUGCCAAGAGGAAAUGUUAAAAAUUAUCGAAAUGUUCAACAAAUGGACACAAUGGCUAACUUUGGUUGUCAAGGAAACCAAUACGUUGCAACAAAUGUCUGGCGCUGAAGAUAUUCCAUUACAUCAAACGCGCUGGACUCACUUGAAGAUAAAACUAGAGGGUUAUGCUAAAGAUUGGUCUAAAUACAACAUGUUUCUGAAAGGAUCCUGGGAGAAAAAAUACAGUUCUGUUAUUGAAGACUACUUGCCAGAAUGGAAGAAGCCAGGUGCAGUAUGGGUGGUAAGCGCUUGUGGUGCGGUGCCCAGUGGCGCAGUCGCUGCGGGCGUGUUUGAUGGAGAAGUCACCUGGGUCGCCAGGACCACGCACAAGUAUUUAUUUAGAAGAUACUAA